AAGUGCGCCGCCAUGUUUUGAAAAGCCGGGUCGAUCGUUUCAAACUAUUAUUCGCAUUUGUACAUAUUAUUGUCCAGAAUUUGAUUGUGUAAUGUAUUUGAAAACAAAUUAAAAAUGCCAAAGUCUUUGAAAAAGUCCGGCACUACCCAGACCUCCAUUAGCAGGUACUUCGGCAGCGGAGCUCAGUCUGGGAUGAAACCAAAUCCUCCUGAGCACCAGCUGCUUUCAAGAGGCAAACUGAAACUCUCCUCUGAGAAGGCUGGAUUACCAACUAAACGAGCCAGGCUGUCCCUGAAAGACCAGCAGGAUCUGGAGGCUGCAUCCUGUCAGAGGGGUGAAGAGAAAACACCAGCCUCGAGUCGAGGACAAGGACGUGUCCUGUGCUCCUCCACCUUGGAGAAGCUGAAAGGCUUCACCUGUGUGACUGAGCCCACCGUCGGACACAGAGAUGAAACAAAAGGGGACGGCAUCAGCAGUGAAAUCUGUAACCAGACAGAAAACGUUUCAUCUCCAUUUGAGGAUUCACGSAGAAUUACAGACAGAUUUCUACAGAUGGAGGAGGAAGAUGAGGAUGAAGAGCAGGACAGCAGAGAUCUGGACGAUUCAGGGCUUCUUACAUCAAAGCAGCAGGGAUUCUUUUUGUCACAAUUUGCAAAGUCAGGAGGAGGAGGAGGAGGAGGAGGAGGAAAGGCGGCAGAGCCAGGUCUUCUGUCAGAGUGCAGCGCCCCAUCCAGGCGUUCAAAGAGUGUGUACACUCCUCUGGAACAGCAAGUCAUCCAGCUGAAACAGCAGCAUAAAGACGCCCUGUUGGCCGUGGAGUGUGGUUACAAGUAUAGGUUCUUUGGGCAGGACGCAGAGAUUGCUGCAAAAGAGCUGAACAUCACUUGCAACCUGGAUCAUAACUUCAUGACGUGCAGCAUCCCCACACAUCGCCUGUUUGUUCACGUCAGGCGGCUCGUGUCUCACGGACACAAGGUCGGUGUGGUCAAACAGACAGAGACGUCUGCCAUCAAGGCUUCAGGGACAAACAGGAACACUCUGUUCACUCGUCAGCUCAGCGCCUUGUACACUAAAUCCACCCUGGUGGGAGAGGAUGUAAACUCAGUUGUUAGACUUGAUGAUGUGAAUGAGGGAGGCUGUGCUGAUGUGGUGCUGGACCCCACUGAAAGCUUCCUGCUGUGCAUCAGUGAGAACUGGGACAAACUGAGGAAGCAGCUCACUGUGGGGCUGGUGGCGGUCCAGCCCAGCACCGGAGACGUGUUUUUGGACUGCUUCCCUGACGGUCCAUCUCGCUCUGAGCUGGAGAGCCGAGUCCUGAGGAUCAACCCUGUGGAGAUUCUGGUGCCUAAUGACCUCUCAGAACAAACCCAGAAACUCCUGCUCAGCAUCUGUAACGCCAGUGCUCAGGCUGACGACCGGGUUCGAGUUGAGAAGAGGGACAGCGCUCAGUUUGAGUUCACCUCUGCGAUGGACACGGUCGUCCAGUUCUACGGCCACACCCAGGGAAAAGACUCACACUCUCUGUCGAGUGUAGCAUCCUUUGAGAGCCCAGUUAUCUGCUGUCUGGGGCCCCUCAUCCAGUACCUCCAAGAAUUCAGUUUAGAAAGAGUUCUUAGAAAUGAAAGUUUGUUCCGGCAGCUGUCCUGUGAAUCUGAGGGAAUGCGCCUCAGUGCUGCAACUCUCAGGAACCUGGAAAUACUCACCAAUCAGACGGACGGAAGUGUGAGGGGGAGUCUGCUGUGGGUGUUGGACCACACUCGCACUCCGUUUGGAAGGAGGCUGAUGAGGAAGUGGGUCAGCCAGCCCCUCACAGACCUGCAGUGUAUCUGUGAGAGGCAGAAUGCCGUGCAGGAAAUCAUGCAGUCGGACUYGACAACUUUAAACUCCGUCAGAACUCUGCUGUUACAUUUGCCUGACCUGGAGAGAGGCAUCUGCAGUAUUUAUCACAAAAAGUCCUCCACGCAGGAGUUCUACCUGGUUAGCAGCAGCCUUUCUCGGUUGGGGCUGGAGCUGCAGAGCCUCCUGCCAGCCAUCCGGUCUCAGAUCAGCUCGGCGCUGCUCCGUAGCCUCCUGCUGGAGACCCCUGACCUGCUGGCUCCGGCCCAUGGCUUCCUCAAGGUCCUCGAUGAGAAGGCGGCCAAGUCGGGGAAUAAAACAGAGCUCUUCUCAGAUCUGUCCGGCUUCCCCGUGCUGCAGGAGAGAACGAGGCAGAUUCACACUGUCCUCAGUGAGAUCCAAGAGCACCGCAGAGACAUCCGACUGGUGCUGAAGGCCCCUGCGUUCGACUACACCACCGUUUCUGGACAGGAGUUUCUGAUUGAGGUGAAGAACUCGUUGUCAUCAGUUGUUCCACCUGACUGGGUUAAAAUCAGCAGUACGAAGGCAGUCGGCAGGUAUCACACUCCUCUCCUGGUUGACUGCUACAAGAAGCUGCAGCAGCUCCGAGAGCAGCUGCUACUCGACUGCCAGAGGGAGUGGACCGGCUUUCUGGAGCCAAAGGUGUGUGAAAAUAAGCAGCAGAUUAUGAUAACAAACGGCAGACAUCCUGCAAUAGAUUUAUUGAUGGGAGAGCACAAUCAGUAUGUGCCCAACGACACUAAAUUACAGGGUGAAGGCUGGAGAACUAUGAUAAUCACCGGGCCAAAUAUGGGGGGCAAGAGCUCCUACAUCCGCCAGGUUGCCCUCAUAUGUAUUAUGGCUCAGAUGGGUUCAUUCGUCCCAGCCUCUGAGGCCUGUGUGGGCAUACUGGAUGGAGUUUACACCAGGAUGGGAGCUUCUGACAACAUCUACAAAGGGCGCAGCACAUUCAUGGAAGAGCUGACGGAGGCCUCGGAGAUCAUUUUUCAUGCGACAGAACGCUCACUUGUCAUCCUAGACGAACUGGGACGAGGGACGAGUACUCAUGAUGGGAUCGCCAUCGCCUAUGCCACGCUGGAAUACUUCAUCAAAGAUGUGAAGGCCCUCACUUUGUUUGUGACCCAUUAUCCUCCUCUGUGUGAGCUGGAGCAGCUGUAUCCUCAACAUGUCUCCAACUACCACAUGGCUUUCUUACUUAAUGAGCCUGACGUCUCUGCUGACAUCGAUGAUGCAGACGUUCAGCCGGAGUUCAUCACCUUCCUCUACCAGCUGACCGAAGGAGCUGCAGGGCGGAGCUACGGCCUCAAUGUGGCCCGAUUGGCCGACAUCCCUGAUUCCAUCCUGCACGCUGCCGCACGCAGAGCACGAGAGCUGGAGCGCGUGGUCGACGCCAGGAGGAAGUAUAAGAAACUUCUCUUCGAUCUGUGGAGUGUUUCUGACAAAGCGUCCCUGGUGAAGUGGCUGCAGUCAAACUCCUGACGCCUCAGCCGACAGCAGCCAUCAUUGUCAGAAGGCACGAGGACAGAAACCCUGUCAGCAGCGAACCACAGGCUCAGAGAGGCAGCAGGAUAAUGAUGAACAUUUUACUCAUUUAUCAGUAUGAGAGAAAGAUUUAAUGCAUCUCAGGUUCUGGUUGUCGCCAUCUGUACUGUAACCUAACUGUGAAAACAAUAAUGUUUUUUGUUAAAUAAAGCUUUCUCCAGUUAAUUAGUAUUGUAUUGUAACCAUGUCCUCAUUAAAGUAAAAAUAAUCAGAACAAAAAGAUAUUUUAAAUAUCGUGUGCCAUAAUUUCCUGUCUAUUUUGUGACAAUAUAAAUAAAGAAUACUUUCAGCA